AGGGCCUCCAAACACAGUCCAAAAGCCACUUCACACACACACACACACACACCCGGAAAGCCAUGGCCGCCAUUUUUUCUCACUCUCACUUUUCCUCCUCUGUUAGAUCGUCGGAAUCAACCUCGCUUCCCACCCUUCCUCUCUUUCCCUCCAUACUUUCGGCAAUCUCUCACCUUCUCCGGCGUCUCCGUACCUUCUCCGGCCAAUCUUCAGGCGAUCCGGCGACAAAUCUCCUGUCAGGUUUCCUCUGCUACUUCCUCACCUUCAUUUUCUGUGGAUGGCAAUAAAGCAAAAGCAGAGCCCAAAGAUUUUCUACAUAUUAGUGACUUUGACAAAGCCACUAUAUUGAAGAUCUUGGAUCGUGCCAAAGAGGUCAAGGCACUGAUAAAAUCAGGGGAGAGGACAUACCUGCCAUUCAAAGGGAAAACAAUGGCAAUGAUCUUUGCCAAACCAUCCAUGAGGACACGGGUUUCAUUUGAGACUGGAUUCUUCUUGCUCGGUGGCCACGCUUUAUAUUUGGGACCAAAUGAUAUCCAGAUGGGUAAGAGGGAGGAAACUCGUGAUGUUGCUCGUGUGCUUUCCCGCUAUAAUGAUGUCAUUAUGGCACGCCUUUUUGCUCAUCAGGACAUUCUGGAUCUGGCCAAGUAUUCGACCAUACCUGUGAUUAAUGGGCUGACAGAUUAUAACCAUCCUUGUCAAAUAAUGGCUGAUGCCCUCACAAUAAUUGAACACAUUGGUCAGUUGGAAGGAACAAAGGUGGUCUAUGUCGGAGAUGGAAACAACAUUGUGCAUUCUUGGCUGUUGUUGGCAUCAGUUAUUCCAUUCCAUUUUGUCUGUGCCUGCCCUAAAGGUUUUGAACCAGAUGAAAAGACAGUUGAGAAGGCAAGGCAGGCUGGAAUCAGCAAAAUCGAGAUAACAGAUGAUCCAAGGGAAGCUGUUAAAGGAGCUGAUGUGGUAUAUUCAGAUGUGUGGGCCAGCAUGGGGCAAAAGGAAGAAGCUGCUCAUCGCCGCCAAGUUUUCCAAGGAUUCCAGGUUGAUAAAGCUCUUAUGGAGAUAGCUGGUCCAAAAGCCUAUUUUCUGCACUGUUUACCAGCAGAAAGAGGCGUAGAGGUUACUGAUGAAGUUAUCGAAGCUCCAAACUCCAUCGUCUUUGCCCAAGCAGAGAACCGUAUGCAUGCACAGAAUGCCGUAAUGCUUCAUGUUCUGGGCUUAUGAGAUUGCAUUUUUCUACACACUCUUCUUGCGGGGUCAACUUCAGAAUGUAUCUUAAUUGUUUUUUUUUUUUAUAAAUAAAAUAAAACAAAAAAAGUCCAUCCUUCUGAUCUUUUGAUGGUGUUAGAACUAGUAGAACUUGGCAGUUUAAAUCUGUUUUCUACAUGUUUUGUUUCACGAGUAAGAAAUGGAUCAUUGAUGUUGGAAUUUUGAAAUGAACAAUUUGCCUUUUAUUCAACAAGGUGACGUUUGAUAUGCGGAUUGGAUUU